AUGCUGCUGCUGCCGCCGCCGCUGCUGCUGCUUCUGCUGCUGAGGGCGCCAUGGGGGUGCAGCGAGGGCGCGGCGGCGGCGCUCACCCCAGAGCGGGUCCUCGAGUGGCAAGCUAAAGGAAUUUUUGUUAUCCAAAGUGAGAGUCUCAAGACAUGCAUUCAAGCAGGCAAAUCUGGACUUACUCUGGAGAACUGCAAACAACCAAACAAGAAUAUGCUGUGGAAAUGGGUUUCAAAGCAGCGCCUCUUUAAUAUAGGAGGUAGUGGUUGCCUGGGUCUGAAUUUAUCUAACCCAGAGCCCCCAUUGAACAUAUAUGAAUGUGAUUCUAACCACAUCUCCUUGAGAUGGCGCUGUAACAGGAAGAUAAUCAUGGGCCCACUCCAGUACAUGGUCCAGGUGAAGCACAACAACACCAUUGUAGCCUCAUGGAAAUAUCUUCAUAAGUGGAUUUCCUAUAUGUCAGGUGGUGGAGGCAUUUGCGAAUAUCUGCAUAAAGAUUUGUAUACAAUUAAAGGGAAUGCCCAUGGAAUGCCAUGUAUGUUUCCAUUCCAGUAUAACCAGCGAUGGCAUCACGAGUGCACCCGGGAAGGUCGGGCCGAUGGUUUACUGUGGUGUGCCACAACAAGCCACUAUGAACAAGAUGAGACGUGGGGAUUCUGCCCAGAUCCCACCUCUGCAGAGGUAGGCUGUGAUGCUGUCUGGGAGAAGGACCUCAAUUCACAGAUUUGCUACCAGUUCAACCUGCUUUCAUCUCUCUCUUGGAGUGAGGCACAUUCUUCAUGCCGGCUGCAAGGAGGCGCUUUACUAAGUAUUGAGGAUGAGACUGAAGAAAAUUUUAUAAGGAAGCACUUAAGCAGUGAAGCAGUGGCAGUGUGGAUAGGUCUGAAUCAGCUGGAUGAAAAUGCUGGCUGGCAGUGGUCCGAUGGAACACCGCUCAAUUAUCUGAACUGGAGCCCAGAUAUAAACUUUGAGCCAUUUGUUGAAUAUCACUGUGGGACGUUUAACUCAUUCAUGCCAAAUGCCUGGAAGAGUCGGGAUUGUGAGUCCGCCUUGCCUUAUGUAUGUAAAAAAUACUUAAAUCACACUGAUCAUGAAGUAGUUGAAAAGGAUGUUUGGAAAUAUUAUGCUACACACUGUGACCCCAGCUGGGAUCCCUACAAUCGUAAUUGCUACAAACUUCAGAAAGAAGAGAAGACCUGGAAUGAGGCUUUGCAUUCUUGUCAGUCUGACAACAGCACAUUAAUAAGCAUAGCUUCGUUAGCAGAGGUGGAGUUUCUUGUAACCCUUCUUGGAAAUGAAAAUGCAUCCGAAACAUGGAUUGGUUUGAGCAGCAGUAAAAUUCCAGUGUCCUUUGAAUGGUCUAAUGGCUCCUCAGUCACCUUUACUAAUUGGCAAACACAUGAGCCCCAAAUUUUUCCAAAUAGAAGCCAACUGUGUGUCUCAGCAGAACACCCUGAGGGACACUGGAAAGUUAAAAAUUGUGAAGAAACACUUUUUUACAUUUGUAAAAAAGCAGGCCAUGUCCUUUCUGACACUGAAUCAGGCUGUCAAGAGGGAUGGGAGAGACAUGGUGAAUUCUGUUACAAAAUUGACACAGUCCUCCGAAGUUUUGACCAUGCUUCCAGUGGUUAUUACUGUUCUCCUGCACUUGUAACCAUUACAAACAGGUUUGAACAGGCUUUUAUUACCAGUUUGAUCAGCAGUGUGGUAAAAACGAAAGACAGUUAUUUUUGGAUAGCUCUUCAAGACCAAAAUGACACAGGAGAAUACAUGUGGAAGGUAGCAGGUCAGAAGUCUGAGCCGGUGCAGUACACACACUGGAACACACAUCAGCCACGCUACAGCGGUGGCUGUGUUGUCAUGCGAGGAAGGAGUCCACCUGGUCGCUGGGAAGUGAAGGACUGUAAACACUUUAAGGCAAUGUCCCUGUGCAAGCAGCCAGUCGAAAUUCGGGAAAAAAAUGAGCAUGAAGAGAGAUGGCCCUUUCACCCCUGCUAUCUGGGCUGGGAGUCGGAGCCUGGUCUGGCCAGUUGCUUCAAGGUAUUUCAUAGUGAAAAAGUCCUGAUGAAAAGAACAUGGAGAGAAGCUGAAGCAUUUUGUGAAGAAUUUGGAGCUCAUCUUGCAAGCUUUGCGCAUAUUGAGGAAGAGAAUUUUGUGAAUGAGCUCUUACAUUCAAAAUUUAAUUGGACAGAAGAAAGGCAAUUCUGGAUUGGUUUUAAUAAAAGAAACCCACAGAAUGCUGACUCUUGGGAGUGGUCUGAUGGGACUCCUGUCGUCUCUUCAUUUUUAGACAAUACUUAUUUUGGAGAAGAUGCAAGAAAUUGUGCUGUGUAUAAGGCAAACAAAACAUUGCUGCCCUUGUACUGUGGUUCCAAACGUGAAUGGAUAUGCAAAAUUCCAAGAGAUGUGAAACCCAAGAUUCCACAAUGGUACCAACACGAUGAACCCUGGCUCUUUUAUCAGGAUACAGAGUACCUUUUUCAUACCUCUCCCUCGGAAUGGGCCUCCUUUGAAUUUGUCUGUGGUUGGCUGCGCAGUGAUCUUCUCACAAUUCAUUCUGCACGUGAACAAGAAUUUAUCCACAGCAAAAUAAAAGCGCUAUCAAAGUUUGGUGUAAACUGGUGGAUUGGACUUCGAGAAGAAGGAGCCAAUGAUGAAUUUCGCUGGAGAGAUGGAACACCAUUAAUAUACCAGAACUGGGACAAAGAAAGAGACAGAUCUGUGAAUAAUCAGAGCCAGAGAUGUGGCUUCAUUUCAUCUGUAACAGGACUCUGGGGCAGUGAAGAGUGUUCUGCUUCCAUGCCUAGUAUUUGUAAGCGAAAAAAGUUUUGGGUCAUAGAGAAAGAGAAAGAUACACCAAAACAACAUGGAAUGUGUCCCAAAGGAUGGCUAUAUUUUAACUAUAAGUGCCUUUUGGUGAAAAUCCCCAAAGAUCCAAGCCAUCAGAAGAACUGGACAUCUGCUCAAAAUUUCUGUGUUGAAGAGGGAGGGGCACUGGUCUCCAUUGAAAGUGAGGUGGAGCAAGCUUUCAUUACUAUGAAUCUUUUUGGCCAGACGACUAAUAUGUGGAUAGGGUUACAAAAUGAUGAUUAUGAAAAAUGGCUAAAUGGAAAGUCUGUAGUAUAUUCUAACUGGUCCCCAUUUGAUAUUAUAAAUAUUCCACGUCAUAACACCAGAGAAGUUCAAAAACACACUCCUCUCUGUGCCUUGCUGUCAAGUAAUCCUAAUUUUCAUUUCACUGGAAAAUGGUAUUUCGAAGACUGUGGAAAAGAAGGUUAUGGGUUUAUUUGUGAAAAAAUGCAGGAUACUUCUGGACAUGAUGUAAAUAUAUCUGAUAUGUAUCCAAUCCCCAGUACUUUAGAAUAUGGAAACAGGACUUACAAAGUAAUUAAUGCAAAUAUGACUUGGUAUACAGCAAUGAAAGCCUGCCUGAUGCAUGGAGCAGAACUGGUUAGCAUUACAGACCAGUAUCACCAGUCCUUCCUCACAGUUAUCCUCAACCGGCUAGGACAUGCUCACUGGAUUGGACUGUUCACUGCAGAUAAUGGUCUUAAUUUUGACUGGUCUGAUGGCACCAAAUCCUCUUUCACUUAUUGGAAAGAUGAGGAGUCGUCCUUCCUGGGUGACUGUGUUUUUGCCGACACCAGCGGACACUGGAGCAGCACAGCCUGCGAGUCGUUUCUCCAAGGAGCCAUUUGUCACGUGCCCACUGAGACAAGACCAUUUGAACACCCAGAGUUGUGCUCAGAAACAUCUAUUCCCUGGAUAAAAUUUAAAAGUAAUUGCUACAGUUUUUCUACAGUCCUAGACAGUAUGAGUUUUGAGGCUGCUCAUGAAUUUUGCAAAAAGGAAGGGUCUAAUCUUUUAACUAUCAAGGAUGAGGCUGAAAAUACAUUUCUCCUAGAAGAGCUUUCUGCUUUUGGUUCUUCUGUCCAGAUGGUUUGGUUGAAUGCUCAAUUUGAUAGCCACAAUGACGCCAUAAAGUGGUUUGAUGGAACUCCCACAGACCAGUCAAACUGGGGUGUUCGGGAACCAGAGACGGAUCUCUUCAAACCCCAUCUGUGUGUUGCCCUGAGGAUCCUGGAAGGACUGUGGCAGUUAUCCCCAUGUCAAGAAAAAAAAGGAUUUAUUUGUAAAAUGGAGGCAGAUGUUCAUGCUGUACCGGAGCAUCCAGGAGAAGGACCAAGUCACAGCGUUGUACCUCUUGCCAUAAUGCUAACAGUGAUAAUAAUUCUGGCAAUUUCCACACUUUCCUUCUGCAUAUACAAGCAGAAUAGUGGUUUCUUCAGGAGACUUGCAGGAUUUAGAAAUCCUUACUAUCCUACAAGCAACUUUAGUACAGUGCAUUCAGAAGAGAAUAUUCUCAUUUCUGAUCUUGAGAAGAAUGAUCAGUAA